AGUUCGUUUAGUGUCUUUUGGGAAUUGAUUUCCAGUUGCUUGGCAACUGGUUGAGUUCCAGGUUGCUACCACGCUACUAUAAGCAGCCGGCAGUUAGUAAACCGGUUGCGUGGCGCGUGGUGUGAAAAUGGAUUUACCUGAUAUCGAAAACAUACCGGAAAGUGGAGCUGUGUUUACAAUUGGCCGCAGUAGAUUUGCUGACAAUAUAGCUUCACAUUUUUUCAUCAGAAAAGAUCCAGUGAUUUCAGUGACUUGUGGUGAUGAACAUUCGGCUGUUAUUUGUCAAAGUGGACGACUUUUCGUCUUUGGUAGCAAUGAUUGGGGUCAACUUGGACUUGGGCACAAGAAUCACGUGAGCAAACCAUCAUGCGUUAAAAUUCUAAAGCCGGAGAAAGUGACACAUGUCGCAUGUGGAAGAGCUCACACUUUGAUAUGCACCGCCGGACAGAAAAUAUUUGCAUGUGGCAGCGAUCAGGAGGGACAAUUAGGAAGAGGAAGUAAUGCAGUUGGUGAUAGUUCGAGUUCACCAGUAAUGGUUCAUGAUUGUGGAAUUGUUGGACCAAAAGUUAUUCAAUUAUCAGCUGGAUCUCAUCAUUCAAUGAUUUUAACAGGCGAUGGAUCAGUUUAUGUUUGGGGAAGUAAUUUGGAAGGACAACUUGGUCUCCCAGGCACAACUGGUCUUGUUAAUAAACCCACAAAAGUCCAGAUACCCGAUAAAAUUAAACAAAUCAGCGCUGGAUAUUAUCAUUCCGCUUUUCUCACUGAAAGUGGCCUUGUUUAUAUUUGCGGUGAGUCUGAAAGUGGCAAAUUGGGAAUAGAUGUAAAAUUUUCAACACAAGCUGCACCUAAACAAAUUCAACUUCCAAAAUUAGUGACAAAAAUUGCUUGUGGUGGUCAUCAUACUCUUAUAUUAACUGAGGAUGGUGGUAUUUAUUGCAUGGGAAGUAAUUCAAGUGGUCAACUUGGUUUGGGUACAAAUGUGACCGAACUACAAACACCGAAUCUUCUUCCAUUGGAUAUUUUACAAAAUGAAAUGAUAUCGAAAAUAUCAUGCGGCGAGAGUCAUAGUGCAAUUUUGACUGAUAAUGGUAAAAUUUUCACCUGUGGUGAUGGAAGGCAUGGAAAAUUGGGAUUAGAAGAAAAUGAGAACAAUGUUCAUGAACUAACUUUUGCUGCCAGAUAUCAAGAUCUUUUCGUUACAAAUGUUUCUUGUGGAGGCUGCCAUACAAUUUUAAUUGGUCGAAGAAGAGAUUCGUCAAUUCAAAUGGACCCCUCAGCACAGAAGAAAAAUCCCCUACCGCCCCUUAAAGUACCGAUUAACAGGCUCCAAACAGGAAAUUAUACGGAACAAGUGGAAAAUGAGAGCACGCAAGAAAUCGAUACAAACACUGAUAAAAUAAAAGAUGAAGCGAUAAAAGACACGGAAACGAGUGAAUGCGCAGAAAAUAAUAAAACUAGUUCAGUUGACAUUGUGACUAUGAACGUAAACGACAAUUCAACUAAAAAUGAAGAAAUCGCAGAAAAGAAUUCCCCAAAUAUUGAGGAUGAUAAUAUUGAAGAAAAAGCAGAUAUUGAAAAUAAUGAGAAAGAAAAUAUGGAAUCAUUGAUGAAUACAAUGUCUUCCGAUCCAGAUACAAUGCCUAUUGAAAAUGAAAAAUCUAAAGAAGAAAAAGAAAAAGUUGAAGAUGGAUCCGAAGAAAUUGCCAUGGCAGAGGAGAGAAUUGAAAAACCAAUUUCACCACCAAUUAUGAAACCACCGCCGAAACCACCACGACAAAAAUCCGGUACUGAAAGUAAUUCAUCGACACUACCAUCGACACCAGUGAAAAAUGACGAUUCAGAAUUAAUUACUGAAAUCGAAGAAAGAAUGGUGAAUGAAUUGAAGGAAGAUACUUCUUCAAUUGGAUCGGUUGAUACACAAAAAACUCGAUCGGCAACGUCAGAACGUAGAGGCGAUGAACAAGUUACCAAUGGAAUGAAAAAUGGCGAAGAAAAAAUUAAUAAAAAUAAUAAUGGCGAUGAGGAGAAAAUUGAAGAUCAAGAUAUUAUUGAUGAUGCUGAUGAUGUUCAAUUGCCAGCUUCAAAAACAGGAAAAAUGUCGAGAUUAUUUAAAAGUAAAAAGCAACAGGAAGCUGUGAAUGGAACCAAAGAGCUCACUGCAUCAAACUUGAAGUCAAAGUCAAGGACGUGUACUUUAUUGUGAAGUCUUCGAGAAAGCAGUUUUCCUCUUUGUUUUUCUUUUUCCAAAGUUGGUUAAAAAAAGAAAUGAAGAAGACGAAAUAUAAUAGUGCCUUGAAGAAAAAAUCCGUCCAAUGAAAAAUCGAAGCACAAAAACAUUUUUUUUUGUGAGGUAAUUAAAACCAUGAUUAAUAACAGAUGGUCCAAAACUAUAGUGAUAUCUACAAGCCUUCGUAAAUAUAAAUUUAAUAUUCUAGUUGAUAAAUAAUUUUAAGUAUUACAAAAAUAAUUAAAUUAAUUAUUAGAUUUUAAUAACAAAAUAUACCAGCUUACUUUCUAGUCCAAUACAUUGAAAAAAAAUUAUUAUAUACAUAAAUAAAUGGUAAAAAAUAAAACAUUUACAUUUUUUCUUGAUUAAGAAAAAUUGUCAAAAUAUACUAUUUUUUACUGUUUUUUAGAAAAAAAUAUUACAAAAUAUUUUUUUUUCAAUGUAUUCUCCUCAUAUACACACAUAAAAAUUUCGUCAUUUGUUACCGUUAUAUUAUCUUUUCGUAUUUUAUUACUUUCAAAUUUAAAAAAAAUAUUCUAUAAAGAAAUAAAAAUACUUUAUAAUAUCGU